UCGCUUCGCCUCCGCUGCCUUCCGCUCGCGGCGCCCCCUGGUGUCGGAGCGACGUCACGACGAGCGCGCGCACGACCGAGCGGCCCCUUUUACUUUCUGUUUCUUGAAAAUGUCGGUGUGCGCGAGCCGCCCUCCAUCCGACAAGGAAAUAAAAGAGCGUCCAACAUGGAAGGGGGCCGGACGGUGAGGGUGAGCGGUUUGCCCACGGACGUCGAGGAGCAGAGACUCACCGACAAGCUGUUCAUCCACUUCCUGAGGAAGAGGAACGGAGGAGGGGAGAUCAGCUCGGUCCGCGUCUCCGAGGGUGGCGCCGGAUCUGCGCUCGUCACCUUCGAGGAAAGCGAGGUGGCCCAGAGGGUAGCCCAGCGUGGGAAGCACAUCUUGAGAGUGGACGACGAGACGUACGAAGUCACGGUCUGCUUGUCCCACAAGAAAGUGGACCCAGAUGAGGUGUUUGUAUGUUCUGAGCUCACCGUGGACUGCAGCCAGCUGCCCUCGGCAAAGGAGACCCUGUGUGGCGCCCAGCAGAGCUUCCCUCGUGUGCACUUCAGCUUCAGCCCUCUGGAAGACCUUUGCACCCUAAAGGGACGGUUCUCUGAGAUCCAGGCGCUCAUCACCCAGCUGCUGGCUAGUCUGGAACCAGAGUCCUCCAGGACCUGUGACGCACCUAGGACAGAUGCCACAGUCUCUGGGCCCUCGUUCGUGAGUAAGAAGAGUCUCGGUCGGGAUGCGCACUCCACUGGUAGCAGCGAAUGGCAGCUAAAGGCCAGAAGCUCAGGAAGGGCACCUGGCCUCGGGGUUGGAAAUUCAGGUCAAGGUCACUUAGAAAGGAAUCACCGCCACAGUGCCACAGACUUGGCCCUGGAGGAUUGUGGGGGAUGGGAGGUGGCAGCAGGUACCCCCUUCGAAGACUACUCCCUGGCCCUGGACUCGGACAUCUUCCGCUACCUGCAGCAGCACCGCAGAGACGAGUACGAGCGCAUCCUGAGCCGACACCCUGUGGAGGUGGUGGAUGUCACGGCGCAAGACGUCACCACCCUCUACCUGAAGGCCGCAGAGGGACUGGUGGGAGGCGCGAGGCGACCGCUGGAGCACAUGCAGCAGGUGCACAGCGAACUGGCCCAGCUGUACCAAGAGAUGGAGGCCCAGCUGCGCAAAGAGCAGCUGCCCAAGGAGCUUGUUCCCAGGAGUGGCUUCAAGGCAGCCUUGGAGGUCCUGCAGCGGCGCCUGCCCAGACUGAUGAUCAGCGAUGACGAGAUGAACGUCUACCUUGUCGGCAGCGGCAGCGACGUCUCCGAAGCUAAGCAGUUCUUCCUGGACGUGAAAGGGACAGAGGGCCUGACGCAGGGGGGUGUUAGUCACAGGGAGCCCGAGGCACAGCAGCUCAGGGACACACUCUUCUCCACGUCCACACCUGUCUCUCUGUGCAGAGUGCCGGACGACAGUGAGAACAGGCUGCGAAAGACGGAGGCGGACAGGACACAUUUCAGGGAAGAUAAUAAGGAAACCGUUGGGGAGGACAGGCUGAGGUCCUUGCUCGAUGACACACAAGUCAGACCGUCAAUGAGCAGCGUGAACAGCGGGCUGAGGCUUGGCACUGGGCUGCUCUUUGGUCCAGGGGCUGUUGGAGUGGGAACUGCCAGAGGGCAGGACAUCUUCAAAAGAACCAACUCCACGGAAAGCACUGCCCUCCGGAGCUUGAUGUCAACCAGUACCGUGUUGCCCAGUAAAAACAAGCACUUUGCCAGUGCACAGAAGAACUUGCACAGUGAUCUGCUUGUGGAUAGAACUUCCCUAACUACUGCAACAUCCCCACCAAAGUUGGGCUCCCAAAGCACGUUGAGACGGAGCAACAGCUUUUCCGGGCUCGUGAGGCCCAAGCACAGCGAUAAGGAAAAGGAAGUCCCUCGGAAUCUUCCAGCGAAGACGAAGCAAGACGCCACCCACACCUUUAAUGCCAGUGUGAGUAAACGGGAACUUUAUAGUGUGGAGAUGGUGGUUCCAACUGCUACGUGGAUCUAUAUCAAGGAUGGCAACAGCAAAUGGUUGGAGGACCUGAAACCUUCCGUGGAGAUUAAAGAAAUCCUCUCCGAUAAUAACAUCACCCUUCAGCUCAGCGGGCCAGACGCAGAAAAACUGAGUGUAUGCCAGCAGGAAGUAACAAAGCUGGUGUCUGGGGUUUUCGUAAAGGAGUUCCCUCUAGUGAAGCUGGGCAUAAAGGACCCUAAGGACAAAACCUUGGAGGAGCGUUGUGAAGAUCUGAGGAGAAGGUUUCCGAAGGUGAAAAUUGUGUCAAAAUCAAAGACUGUUCAUAUUUUGGGGCCAAAGCAAUCCUGCGAUGAAGUGUACUUGUGUCUGAGGGAGGACUUCCAGCACAAAGUGGAGAAAGAGAAAAGGGAUGAGGAGGGAGCCCUUAGCAAAGAUAACUACUCUAUGAUUGCGCUUCCCAAGAAGUCUCAGAUCCAGCAGCCCUUCCAGGAACCAUCGGAUUUUACAAAGAACCUGAUCAGCACCUCGCAGAGUUAUAACUCUGUAGAUGGAUGUGUCGUCCAACACAAUAGUAACAUCACUGUAGAGAGUUCCAAGGGUGCCGAAGAGAUAGAGAGAGAAAGUAAACAAAAACAGGGCAGCAAAGUGAAGGAGAGUGCUGAGAAAAGUGACUCAACUGAACUUUGCUCAGGACCCAGAGGGGAGCAAAGCAGCCAGUUAGUAAUGAGAAAUGAUGCGGGUUGGAAGUUUCCUCGUGGAACGGCCGGUAGCUCAGACUGGGAGAGCCUCAAGAGCGACAUUUCCCUACUCAAAGCACAUAGACCGAACUGGAGCACCACGUCACCUAGUGCACCAGUGUCCCUACUGAUCUUUGACUACAGCACUCGGAAGCCUGUGAUGCCAAAAGAGAGCAACUCAAGGGCUAAAAGCCUCCACAGACAUUCCUCUGUUGAUCCAAAGAAUCAAAAGACACAAGUAGGGGAAGACUCCAAACAGCUGGACUCCAGUGCCUACAGCCGGAUGCCACAAGAAAGCGAGAGGCAGACGUGUGGUUGCGGUGUAAGCGGACCUUCGGUGAGCAGGACAGCGUGCGGUGUCACGGUUUGCCCGAAGUGCUUGGCCCAAGCCCAUUCCUCCUGUUCAGUCUGCAACCAGGGGCAUGAGCCCCGGGGCAUAAAGGGCAACGCGUUCUUCAGCGAGAUGUCCUUCAGCUUGCCUGGACACCCAAAGGACCUGACACUCAAGAUUACCUACGUUAUUCCUAGUGGCAUCCAGGGGGAGCACGAUCCCAAUCCAGGGGCCUCUUUCCAAGGGGGCAAGUUUGAGGCCUUCCUUCCGUUCAACGAACGAACACGGAAGCUGCUGCCGCUGUUGCAGAAAGCCUUCGCUUGCGGUCGGACCUUCGUCGUCUCAGCGGGCAGGGUGGUCUGGGGGAGCAUCCCGCACAAGACCAGCACGGAUGGAGGCGUGUCCAGGAAUGGCUACCCAGACAAGGGCUAUCUCAACAAGUUAGAAGUGGUGCUCAGCUCUUUGGACUGUGGAGAAGAGAAAGGAACGGCACAGAGUGCAGAAAAAACCCAAAAGUGACAUUGACGAGAAGAGCGACUCACUUCACAGUAAGAGUCGCCCAGAAACACGGCUCGCUUGCUCUGCGUGUCAUCGCCAAACCUCCGUUCUUCACCCUGAUGUGUGUUUAAUGUCCUUUUCACAGUAUCACUCUGGCUUUGCUGUGUUACAUCACAAAAUACAUCACUGGUCACAUGUUCUGUUCGGCUAUUGAUGCUUUUAUAAAAGGGGUGUUUUCAAAGGCCGUACAUACAUGUUAAAAUUAUACGAGUCAUUAGGAAUUAGACAAAAUGUCCUGUAAAUUUGAUUUUGUUUGUACAUACUUUUCAUUUACUUGGAUUAAAGUUUUUUUAAUAUGUUCA